GACAGAGAGAGAGAGAAGAGAGAGAGAGACAGAAAGAGAGAGAGACAGGAAAAAAAGAGAGAGAGAGACAGAGAAAGAGAGAGACAGAGAGAGAAGAGAGAGAGAGAGAGACAGAGAAAGAGAAGAGAGAGAAAAAAGAGAGAGGGAGACAGA